GCGGAGAGGUGCACGCAGAACGCCCCAGGGGCAAACUCCUUCGUGCGUACCCCGCCAUGGCGCACCCCAAGAACCUGCUACCAGCGCUGUCCGUGUUCCUGCUACUGCUGCUACCGUCAUUGCUCGGAGCCGGGAACAUCCGCCCCACAGGGGGUCGGCUCAUGAACAGCUGUAUCCAGGCCAGGAAGAAAUGCCAGGCCGAUCCCACUUGUAAUGCUGCUUACCACCACCUGAAUUCCUGCAUCCCAUCACCUGCAGAGGAACCUGCAGUUUCUGCAGACUGCUUGGAGGCAGCACAGCACCUCAGGAAUAGCUCUCUGAUGACCUGCACAUGCCACCGGCGCAUGAAGAACCAAACUACCUGCCUGGACAUCUACUGGACUGUACACCCUGCCCGCAGCCUUGGUGACUAUGAGCUGGAUGUCUCCCCCUAUGAAGACACAGUGACCAGAAAACCCUUGGAAAUGAAUCUCAGAGAACUGAGCAUGCUCAAACCAGACUCGGACCUCUGCCUCAAGUUCGCCAUGCUGUGCACUCUUAAUGACAAGUGUGACCGCCUGCGCAAAGCCUAUGGGGAGGCGUGUUCGAGGCCCCACUGCCAGCGUCACACCUGCCUCCGGCAGCUGCGUGCCUUCUUUGACAAUGCUGGGGCAUCCCACGCACAGGGUCUGCUGUUGUGCCCGUGUGCACCUUCUGACCUGAGCUGUGGGCAGCGACGGCGCAACACCAUUGCCCCCAGCUGCGCGCUGCCAUCUGGGACCCCCAACUGCCUGGAGCUGCGGCGCCUCUGUCUCUCAGACCCACUGUGCAGAUCACGCCUGGCCGAUUUUCAGACCCAUUGCCAUCCCAUGGACAUCCUAGGGACCUGUGCUACAGAGCAGUCCAGAUGUCUGCAAGCAUACAUGGGGCUGAUUGGGACUGCCAUGACCCCCAACUUUAUCAGCAACGUCAAUGCCAGUGUUGCCUUAAGCUGUACCUGCCGAGGCAGUGGCAACCUGCAGGAGGAGUGUGAGCGGCUGGAACAGUUUUUUUCCCAGAACCACUGUCUCACGACGGCCAUUGCAGAUCAGAUGCAUUCACACAGCAAACUCUUCUCCCAGGGCUCUACCUCACCCGGGAAGGAACUCCAGAACAAAAUCCUUGCUCUGAGGCCACAGCCGUGGAUGCUCUCUUUUUUCUCCUGCACUUUUACCUUGAUUCUGCUCCCAAGUUCCUGGUAACUGGACUUCCCUGGGGCCCUCUUCCCCUCUACUACACCCAGUCUGACCUGCCACCUACAAGAAGUGAGGAAAGAAUGGCAUCAUGAAGGAGGUGCAUGACAACAUGACAGCCCUGACCCGCCCCCACCUCCCACCCCACAUUCACACAAUGGAAGCUGACUGGCUCAGUUCUCAUUCCCUCCACUUCUUAGGAAUUGGACCCCAUGGUUUAGCCAUAUCUUCUGGUGGUGGCCAGUUCUACUAAACUCUUUCCUGGUCCCUUCCCAUCAGGAUCACCAGGUUCUAACAAAUCAGUCAUUCUCUAUUGCAUUCAACAGGUAGUCAGGGCUGAGUGUUCUGAGGCAGCCUAGACUCCUCUCCCCUUGUCUCCUUCUCUGAAUGGAGAGUGGGAACCUGCUGCAUGUCCUGCUCUGGGAUUCUACAGAACAUUUGAGCUCAGAAGCUGGAGCAUUUAAACUUUGCU